AUGUUCAUUGGUGGUCUCAACUGGGAGACUACUGAUCAGUCCCUUCGAGACUACUUCUCUCAAUUUGGGGAGGUUGUCGAGUGCACUGUCAUGAGAGACAGCAGCACUGGUCGGUCAAGAGGCUUCGGUUUUUUGACCUUCAGAGACCCUAAAACAGUCAACAUUGUCAUGGUUAAGGAGCACUUUCUUGAUGGCAAGAUUAUCGAUCCUAAGCGUGCGAUUCCCCGAGAUGAACAAGAGAAAACCAGCAAGAUCUUUGUCGGCGGCGUUAGCCAAGAGACUACCGACCAAGAAUUCAAGGACUAUUUCGCUCAGUUUGGGCGUGUUGUUGACGCUACCUUGAUGAUGGACAAGGACACCGGUCGUCCUCGUGGAUUUGGCUUCGUCACAUUCGAGAGCGAAGCUGGUGUCGACGCAUGCUUAAGCACCAGCCUUGAAAUUCACGGCAAGCCAAUCGAAGUCAAGAAGGCUCAGCCACGAGGCAAUCUCAGAGAAGAAGAAGAAGCUGCGCGACGGGGCGGCAAGUUCAGGAAGGGCGACGACAAUGCUCAGAGUGGACAGAACGGCAUGGGAAGUACUCAGAUGGCUGCGGCCGGAGGCAUGACGCCGCAGGUCAUGGCUCAAUAUUUCCAGCGGAUGCAGCAGUACUUCGCCAUGAUGCAGCAGCAGAUGGCCAUGAGUCGCGGUAUGGGCCCUAUGAACCCGGCUAUGAUGCAGCAGAUGAUGCAAAUGCAACAGAUGCAGCAGAUGCAAAGUCAGAUGAUGGGCCGCGGUGGGGGAGGCGGCAACGGUCAGCAGGGUAUGAUGGGCCAGAUGACGCCUCAGAUGAUGCAGCAGAUGCAGCAAAUGCAGCAGCAGAUGCAGCAGCAGAUGGGACAGCAGGGCGGCCCCCCAUCUGGGCCUAGCGGCAGCUUCAGCCCACAACAGCAGAUGUUCGACCCAUCCCAAGGGGGUCAACCGCAGCAACAGCAGCAACAACAACAGCCUAGCCAGGGCCCACGACGGGGCGGCGGUGGCGGCGGUGGAGGUGUCCCCCGCGACCAGUACAACCAAGGGGGCGCCUAUGCCAUGGGUGGCGGUGGUGGCGCUCCCACGUCUUGGGAAGGCAUGUACGACGAUGUUCCUCAGCCCAACCUGAACCAGGGCGGCCGAGGGGGUUACAGAGGCGGGCAUCGCGGUGGUUCCCACAGCGGCGGCUCGCACCAGGGAUCUCCGGAUCCUGCGCACGCUCCGCCUGCCAACGCCCCUACGGGACCGAAGAACGCGGGCAGACCCGGUGCCAACUACCGCGGCGGCGGUCGAAGCGGAAACCGCGGUUUCCACCCGUACUCGCGGUAA